AUGUCCCCAGGAUGUCCCUGGACACCCCUGAUCUUGGAUGUCCUCAUGGUCCUGGGAUGUGCCGAUGUCUCUGGGAUGCUCCAUGCAGGCUCCAUCCCCGAGGUUCCCUGGCUACCACUGACCUGGGAUGUCCCCAGGAUGUCCCUGGACACCCCUGAUUUUGGUGUCUUUGGUGUCUUUGGACACCCCUGAUCUCGUACGGCACCAUGACCUGGUGCUUGUUGGUGUCUCGUGGGGACAAUGACCAGCGCUGACCCCACCACUGCUAUGGUUGCACUACGAACCCUCUCCAACCCAUCAGCUGAGUAGAAUGAAUCCUGCCCAAUGGCACCGGCCAACCUUCCUCAUCUGCCCCUCACCGUCCCCUCAGGUCUGUUUGUCCUGUCUCCUUCUGGAGCCCAGGCCAAGUCUCAGCAUCUUCUCGCUUGCCUGGACAGCACCAACUGCUCCAAGAGACACAUCCUGCCAUGGAGUGGCUGUAGGACAGGUCCCCAGUGGUGGUGGGAUCACAUAGAGGGGUCCCUCGCAAGGUGCUGGGGGUGGCAGUGGCCAAUGGUGGCCAAAAGCCACCAAACUGGGGGACAACGGUGCCUACCGUGGAGCCGGGACUGUGGGCAUGACCCAGGGAGGUAACUAUGGACCUUCUCCCACCGGCACCUUCUCCACGACCCAGGUGCAGGAAUGGAACGUGGAGGCUCCCCACCUGAUGCCGUUGCAGCCGCCGCUGCUGCCGGAGCGGGCGCACGUACGGGAGGCGCAGCUCCACUCCGCCGAGGCUUCGCUCUGGACCGUGGUGGCCACGGUGCAAGCGAUGGAGAGGAAGAUAGACCUCCUGGCCACCCGCCUGCUCAGCCUGGAGGGUCGAUCGGGCACGGCUGAGAAGAAGCUCCUGGACUGCGAGAAGACAGCCAUGGAGUUUGGGAACCAGUUGGAGAGCAAGUGGGCCGUGUUGGGCACCCUCAUCCAGGAGUACGGGCUGCUCCAGCGGCGCCUGGAGAACGUGGAGAACCUGCUGAAGAACAGGAACUUCUGGGUGCUGCGGUUGCCCCCUGGUCCUCGGGGUGAGGUCCCCAAGGUGCCGGUGACGUUUGUUGACAUUGCUGUCUACUUCUCGGCGGAGGAGUGGAAGAACUUGGAGGAGUGGCAGAAAGAGCUGUACAAUAACCUGGUGAAGGAGAACUAUGAGUCUUUGAUCUCCUUGGAUGGAGUCCUCUCCAGAAGUGAGGCGCAGCCCCGCGGCGAGCGCGUGGAUGGACCUUGUGUCCCGGAGCAGAGGGAGCUGGAGCAGAGGGAGCUGCCACCGGACACCUGUGCAGAGUCGCUGAUCUCCACCUCCGACAUCCUGUCCCGGAUCAAGCAGGAGGUGGCCUUUGUAGGGGAGCAGCAGUUCACGGAGGAACGGGCAAUGCCGGCGGAUCCCUGUGCAGGUGCAGACGCUCUGAUCACGGCGCACGACUUCUUGUCGUGGAUCAAGCAGGAGGAAGAGCCCGGCGUCCGCGAACCCUGGGAGCUGCCGGAGAGGGAGAUGUUGCCAGGUCCUGGCCCUGCCGCCGAGGGGCUGCUGGUGAAAACGGAGGAGCGGUGCCCGCACGCCGAGCCCCCCGAGGAGGUGGGCUUGCCGGGUGGCUCGGGGGAUCUCCUCUUCGCUGGCCCAGGCUUUGGUAACGCCGAAGCCCAGGUGGCAGCGGUGGCUCUGCCGACACAGCACAGACUGGGCAAAACCUCGGAGCCGGGGUUGGGAGCCGAAGCGUCGGGAGUCCUCACGGCGGCCCCAGGUGCCAUCGAGGAACGGCCGCAUGGUUGUACGGAGUGUGGGAAGAGCUUCAGCGGGAAGAAGAGUUUGAGGAUCCACCAACGGAGCCACGCGGCCGAGCGUCCCUACCCGUGCGCCGAGUGCGGCAAGAGCUUCAAUUGCCACUCGGGGUUGGUGCGGCACCAGAUGAUCCAUCGCGGCGAGCGGCCCUACAAGUGCGCCGAGUGCGGGAAGUGCUACAGCCGCAAGGAACACCUGCAGAACCACCAACGGCUGCACACGGGCGAGCGCCCUUUCGCCUGCGCCGCCUGCGGCAAGAGCUUCAUCCGCAAGCAGAACCUCCUCAAGCACCAACGCAUCCACACCGGCGAGCGACCCUACCAGUGCCCGGCUUGCGGACGGAGCUUCCGCUACAAGGAGUCCCUUAAGGAUCACCAACGGGUCCACGGGACCGAGGCGGGCGCCCCACCGUUGCCCCCCUCCGGCAUCAUGCCUCCAGGGGAUUAGGGGUCACCUCGACCCGCAUGGACACCCCCUGGGGAUGGGGGCAAGCGCCGGCCACGCAGCUUCCUACCAAAUACAAGCAUCCGGCUGGGGGUCAUGGGGAACCCCUGGGUUUUUAGGGGGGGCCAUGAACCCCCAGGUCCCAUCCUGUAUUCUCCCCCCCCCCCCCAGUUUGGCCCAUGGACAGUGGCUUUUUG